AUGUUGAUUCCAGACAAAUGCUACGCGCUCACGCACUCAGACAAGACACUAACCGCGGCACUGGCCUCUUCGCCGACAUUUGCGCCCGGUGAACUGGGCAAGUAUCUUUAUGAGCACCACCAUGCGAGACACCCGCAUUUUCUCUCCACCCUAAAGCGCAUGAUGCUCAGGACCGGUGCGACGCCGGAAGAGAGCAAAAGGGCUGCAGUGGAGGACGAGCCGUCCAAGGAAGAUCUCGACAGAGCUGCGGAAUGCGGACAGUUUGGCACCAGGCCGAGCGAUCUGUUCUUGAAGAUAUACCACGACGUCCUACUAACGUUGGACGUCGACCCGUGGGCAGGCGUCGUGUCCCCACCUCUCCUCGGCUCGCGUGGGGUCAUCCCGCUCUCCAUAAUCUCUGUCAUACCGGACAUCAUCCAGCACCACUACGACUGCAUCGUGCUCGCCGAGUCCGAAGUCUUUUUCGCCACCAACUUCUGGCAAGCAUCCAAGUCCGCGACCAAGAUCUGCGACGCGCUCAUCGAGCUCUCGAAGCGCGCGGAGCGGCGCGGCAGAAAGGUCGUCGUGAAGCUGAUGUACGACCGCGCAAACCUGAAGAUGAUCACUGAUAGCCACCUCUCCGUUCCGGAGCAAGAAUGGCUCCAGGACGAGGUGAAGCUCCCCAAGCGGAGCGACAUGCCCGGCAUCGACUUCGAGGUCGUCAAUUUCCAUCAGCCCAUGCUUGGGACGUUCCACAGCAAGUUCAUGGUCGUCGACCGGAAGAUGGCUAUCCUCUGCUCGAACAACACUCAGGACCGUCCGAACAUGGAAUCGAUGGUACACCUCGAAGGCCCCAUCGUGGACAGCGUGUACGACAUGGCGCUCAUCAGCUGGUCCCGCGCUAUGGAACCGCCACUGCCCAACCUCGCGAAGCCGUAUGAAAAGCCGGCAGAGGGGUACAAGUUUGGAAUGGACAACCCAUAUAUGACGACGCACAAUCUCGAUGGAAGAAAGGGCGCGGAGAUCUUCCAGAAGCUGCAGCAGAGCGCGGAGAGUCGUGUGGCAAGUGAUGGCGAACAUGUUGGCCUGCCUGCUGAGGACAAGCCCUUUAUUUCUGGAAAAUACCAGACUAUCACGGAGCACCUCAAUGCGGGAGAUCAGGACACCCUGCCGACCGUGGAGCACGAUGCGGCCACCGACGAGGAAUACAUUCCCCACAUCCUCCACGCGCCGCACGAUGAGUGCCCGAUGGCCCUCGUCAACAGACCGCCGAAUGGCAGGCCUGGAAACGACGACCGUGCGUUGAUCAAUCCCCAGGAUGCCGCAUGGCUCGCAGGGCUCAAGUACGCCAAGGAGAAGGUGUUCAUUCAGACCCCGACCUUCAAUGCAGAGCCCGUCUUGCAGGGAGUCCUGAGCGCGGUCAGGAGAGGCAUCGAGUGCUCUCUGUACGUCGACGUUGGCUUCAAUGAUGGUGGUGAGGUGCUGCCACUCCAGGGUGGUACGAACGAGGAGAUCGUGAAGAAGAUGUACGCGGAACUGAAGGAGGAAGAGAAGGACAGGCUGAAGUACUACUGGUAUACGGGAAGGGAUCAGUGCAAGCCGAUCAAUGCCCACCUGAAUCAGCGGAAUUGUCAUGUUAAACUCAUGGUGAUCGACGACUCCGUCGGCAUCGCAGGUAACGGAAAUCAAGAUACUCAGUCCUGGUUCCAUAGCCAGGAAGCGAACGUCAUGAUCGACAACCCUGCCAUUUGUCGUGAGUGGCUGGACGCCAUUCGUGGCCUACAGAACACCCACUUGCACCGUGUUGGUUGCGAUGGAGUGUGGCGUGAUGCACAGGGCGUUGAGCUCACAGGCUCGACUGGGGUGAAGAGUGGUGUUCUUGGUGUGAUCAAAGGUGUACAAGGAAGCAUUGCGCGGGUGAGAGGGAAGGGCGGUUUCUAA